UUGAGUUUAGUUUUCACCAUACAGUCAAGUUUGAGAAUGCCAUCUUUUGCAUCCUUGUUGGAAGGUCGGAGUGGAACGUGACAGCGCUGCGGGUGGACCGCGUGAGGCGCGGCGCCCUCUCGCAGUCGGUGCUCGCCGUCCGGCGCAUCACGAGGGCCGCCAUCGCCAGGACAGAGUGUGAGACCCACCACCGGCUCGACUUUGACUUUUUUGGGAGGAGGUUCCUGAACAAAACCGAACUGCAGGACCUGACUGCGGCUUUCCGGGAGCACCUCUCCAACACCUGGCGAGACUUUGCCAAUCUCUUCUCACUCGGUGUGUCGCAUGCCUCACAGCUGUUGGUUCCCCUCGCAUUUGAACAUACGGGUAACCAUACGAGUGAUCAGCGACUUCACGGUUGGAUUAAGGACGUGGAACGUGUGGGAGACAUGCUACACACGAAAUUAACUGGAUUGGUACUCGACACGCAAUCCAUUAUCAAACAGGUAGCGCACUACGAGAUAGAACAAGACACGCCUUCGCUCCUGAAAUUCAGGCGGCCGCUGUUGAGUCCACGCCUACUGCUCUACCAGCCGUGGAACGUCUUCUUCCACGACGACUUCAGUGCGCUGUGCGAGGAGCGGCAGCCAGAAUCGUCGCACAUGUUCAGAGUCGCUGACGCAGUGUACACCUUCUACCGUGUCUACUGGUUUACUGCAGCCGAUCCCCUAGAUAUACUCUUCGAUCUUUAUUUCGAGUCUAUGGAAGAGGACGAGAAGUGGCAGCUGGAGGACAGAAGCCACACCACGGUCUCUGUGGACACCGACUGUGUGCAGCUGCUGGCGAACGCCCUGGACCACCCCACGUGUCCGCUGGAAGACCUGCCGCCGGAGACCGUGGAGCAGCGUGAGCGGUGCCGUGCGGAGCUGUGGGACGACGUGGUGCGGAGAUCGCCCCACGUGCCCGUCACCAGCUACCUGGCCUACACGCAGAGGGUGAACAUCAACCUCUGUCUGCUGGCAUGGAUGGCAGCUGGCUCGUAUGGCAUCUGUCAGGACGUCCCAUUUAGCACGAUACGGUCGGUGCACGAUGCUCGCUGCUAUUUCGAUAGUCCUGACGAUCAAUCGUGUCUGGAAUCGAACGCCACAGAUGCCAUCUGCUCUGUUUCCAGAGCUAUUCUGAUGCUGAGGUGUCGCGAUUUUUCCACCUUUUCCGAUAAUUGCAAUUAUGAAAGACCUCUAUCACACCCAUUGACAAUGGAAAGUGAGUACCUAUUGCAUCAAAAGGUAACAGAAGAAACACUGAACCACAAAAACAGCUUAAACGACGCCACCUUGAGAUACAAGAAUUUCCAAAUCGACAGCUUAAAUCCUUUGGAAAUCUCACUUGUAUUGGUAAAUAUUGUUUUCCGCCUUUGGACUGCCGGAGUAUACAUAUACCUUCCCCAGUUACGCAACUUGCCUGGAAAGAUAUUCUUGUCCUUUCAGAUCACUUGUAUAGUCCAGAUCAUGUGUUCUGAGGUCGUGUAUCGUAUGACCGGUUUCCCUGGCUUAUGUACUGCAGUGCUGAUAGAUAGCGGUCUCACACUUCUCAGCUGUAUCUGGCUAAACCUAUUCUGCUACCACAUGUAUGCUUGUGUUCGUCAUCUCACGCUUCCUAACGACCUGCUACCUGCUGAAGUAAGCAGGUUACUCUGUCGUCAAGUGCUGUAUGCGUUAAUACCGUGGAGUACAGUAUGUGUGGCAGCUGCUGCUUUGGAAAAGACGAGCAAAUAUCAUCUGAUCCAUAGUCGUGUAGUAGUCCUUGCGGGCAUUGCACUAUCAGUGUCUUUCAAUACGGUUUGUCUCGGACUGAUUGGGUACAUGUACCUACGUACUCGGUUUUCCAUGCGGCAACUCAAAAUUUUUGUUAACAAUAAAUUUGCCUCAAAGAAACAAUGUUUUUUCAUGUCAGUUAAGGCUGUUAUCCUAAGUGGAAUAGGCAUUAUAAUUAGAAUCGGGUUCCACCAGGCUCAGGAGAUAGCGCAGUUUGUGUACUACGUACACCUAGUUACGAUGUUGCAGGGACCAGUGCUGUUCGUCUGCUUCGUCUGUAACGGAACGACGCUCCCCUUACUGAAGGACAGGGUGCUGGCGUGGUUUAACCCAACUGGCAUCCCUGCAGGGCGAGAACUCUGCUCAGCUGCAGAGAGGAAUCUGGCCAGGAGGAACAACGAACAGUCUCCAGCUGCAGAAUCCUCACUGUAGGCUGCUUCGGUAUUUUUCCCAAAUAACUGUCUUCACUACAGACUGCAUUAAAGCCAGUAAUCAGGUAUAAAGAUGUACUCUAUCUGAUAUGACAACAUUAAAUGUGAUAUUGUACAGCCAGCGCUUUGCUAAUGUCUUCUUCAUUUAUAACUGUGUGGUUAUUUUAGCCUCUGUCUGCGUAUUCUAAUGCAGUGAGAUUACUUACGAAAAUUGUUCCGAAACACUUUGU